UUCCACUCUCCAUUCCUUUCUUUACUUUCGAACUUCCCUUCCUUUCCUUCCCUUUUGUAAUUUCAAAAGGCGGACUCUUUCUCUCUCUCUCUCUCUCUUUACUUGUAUAAAUACUCUCUGUGCAUGCUUUUGGUUUUCCCAGAAAGCAAAACAGAAAAAGGAGGAAAUGAAGAAGACUUUCAACCCUAUGGAUUUUGAUGAAAACUCCUCAUUCUAUUGCUCAUUUGUUUUUGUUGUCAGGCUCCUGUACUCUCAAAUCUAAAGAGUAGGCCGUGUGUCUGCGGUUUCUUUGUCACAGUUACUUUGAUUUGUGGUGCUUACUUCAUUGGUAAUGCAUUUGUUGCAAAGGAAUACAAAGAAGUAUAGAUUCACAAGAUGGGGAGAAACUCCUACCAUGCAGAAUACAAAGUCUAAUGACUCUAAUAUGUGCAAGAGUCGAUGCAGGCCUGUUGGGAGUGAGUCAUUACCAGAAGGAAUUGUUGUCAAGACAUCGAACUUGGAAAUGCGGCCAUUAUGGGGUUCCAUUCCAGAAAAUAACAAUGCAAAGCCUUCACUUAACUUGUUAGCCAUUGCAGUUGGAAUCAAGCAAAAAGAUUUAGUGAACCAAAUUGUGAAAAAGUUUCCUUUAAGUAAUUUCGUUAUAAUGCUUUUUCACUAUGAUGGUGUUGUGGAUGAAUGGAGGAAUUUUUCAUGGAGUAAACAUGCCACACAUGUGUCUGCAGAGAAUCAAACGAAAUGGUGGUUUGCCAAACGAUUCAUGCAUCCAGAUAUAGUUGCUGAAUAUGAUUAUAUAUUUCUUUGGGAUGAGGACCUUGGAGUUGAGAAUUUUGACCCAAUACGAUAUCUAUCUAUUGUUCAAGAGGAGCAACUUGAAAUAUCACAGCCAGCACUUGAUCCUUAUAAGUCAGAGUUGCAUCAUCCAAUUACUGUACGCAAAAAAAGAUCAAGGGUACAUAGAAGGUAUUAUAAGUUCAAAGGCGGUGGACGGUGUGAUGCCCAGAGCACUGGUCCUCCAUGUGGAGGUUGGGUGGAAAUGAUGGCACCUGUGUUUUCAAAGGUGGCUUGGCGAUGUGCAUGGUAUAUGAUCCAGAAUGACUUGAUCCAUGCAUGGGGCCUUGAUAGAAAGCUUGGCUAUUGUGCCCAGGAUCGAAUGAAAAAUGUUGGUGUUGUUGACUCUGAGUACAUAGUUCAUCUGGGUCUUCCCACACUUGGUGGCAAUAAGGUAAGCAAUGAUUCCCUGGCUCUAAUUUUAAAAGAAAACUCAAACUCAGAAGCACUGGUGCCACCUGAUUCCAAUAAAGCUGAUCCUAGAUCUCAAGUCAGGUUGCUAUCCUAUGCUGAAAUGCGGAUCUUCGAGAAAAGGUGGACUAAUGCAUCGAAGGAGGACAAUUGUUGGAUUGAUCCAUAUCAACGAUCAGUGAACCAAAGUACCCAUUGAUUUGAUUUAUAGAGAACCUUCAUCCAAGCAAAGUGCAAGGUUGACAG